AUGUCUCAACACACCGAUAUUGCACGAUCCGCCAUCAUGACGUGCGCGUCGGCCCCCGAUCACCAACAUGCCGGUGCUCCAGGAAAACCAAAUGGAUCCGUUUCUCACUCGGGAACUGGGAAGGACGCUAAUCUUAUGCCUCCCCCCAAAUCACUGGUCGGACGAGCGCUAGGCAACGAACUGCAUUCCGAUUCCCACAGGGGAUCGCAGGUGCCCAAGGAUGGUGUCGGGUUUGCCCUAACAGACACUCCGAUUUCUACCGCACCCUCGUCUCCACCUUUUACUGCCAAUACUACUCCGUCGACCCCGGGUCGAAUUCGUGCCACUACCCUCGAUAUUCCAGGUCUCACCAAGUCGAAGGUCUCUCCCGAUGGACGUAUUGCUCAACGUGAUGUGGGCUCGAAACUGGUUAUUGUCAUGGUCGGCCUCCCUGCUCGGGGAAAGAGUUAUGUCACGAAGAAGCUGGCCCGUUACCUUAAUUGGCUGCAGCACGAUACCGAGAUCUUCAACGUAGGAGAACGUCGUCGUGUGGCCGCCGGAAAGUCUCCAGCUACCGAUGGAAGACGUCCGAGUCACAGAGCCAGUACCAUUCAUAGCGAGCUCGUUGACUCCGUGCGUCGACUCAGUGUCAGCGUUGGCACCAUGAAUCAGCCGUCGAGGAAGAGUGACCUUAGGGCCGAAGCAGCUGCGAAUGCCUCCGAGGUCGCUGUGACCUCGCCCCCUGAAGUUGAAGGCAACGUCCCGCCUUUCGAUGGCAGCCUCCCGCCUCCUGCGGUCCCUACCAAGAUUCUGGUCAACGGAAAGGAAGAGGAUCCUUCCGAGAGCACUAUCGUCCCACCGAUGAAUGCGUCUCCGGCCGAACAGAAUGCCAUACGCGAGGCAUCUCCCGAGCCCAUCGACCAGUCAGCCAAUUUUUUCGACCCUAAGAAUCAGCUGGCCGUGAAGCUGCGAGAGCAGGUGGCUUUGGACACAUUGGAUGAACUUCUGGAUUACAUCCUCGAUGAGGGCGGCAGUGUCGGCAUUCUGGACGCCACCAACAGCACCAUGGAGCGCCGCAAAGCAAUCGUCGAUCAUAUCCGCAACCGCGCGGGUCCUGAGCUCAACAUCCUGUUCCUUGAAAGCAGCUGCGUGGACGCGGAAUUGCUGGAAGCCAACAUGCGUCUGAAGCUGUCGGGCCCCGAUUACAAGGAUCAGGACCCUGUCAAGUCCCUCGAAGACUUCAAACGACGUGUGGCGCUCUAUGAGAAGUCCUAUGUUCCUCUCGGCGAGUACGAAGAGAAGCACAGCAUGGCGUACAUCCAGAUGAUUGAUGUUGGACGCAAGAUCGUCUCUCAUCAGACGCAUGGCUUCCUUUCAUCGCAGGUCGUCUAUUAUUUGCUCAACUUUAACCUCUCCCCGCGUCAAAUCUGGAUUACCAGACACGGUGAAAGCAAGGACAACCAGCUGGGCCGCAUUGGUGGUGACUCCGAAUUGAGUGAGAAUGGCCAUCGCUAUGCAAAGGCGCUGAACCGUUUCAUCGACCAUCAGAAGCAGCAGUGGGAGUUGGUUCAGAGACAGAAGGAAAUGCUGCAGCGUUUGCCCCCUCGUGCUGGCGAUAGCACUCCUCCCAACCCAUCGUACAUCCCCCGCGACCGGCCUCGCAACUUCUGUGUUUGGUCGUCGAUGAUGCAACGUUCCGUGCAAACCGUCGACUACUUCAAUGAAGAUGAGUAUGAUGUCAAGCAAAUGAAGAUGCUUGAUGAGCUCUAUGCUGGCCAGAUGGAAGGCAUGACUUACGAUGAAAUCCGCGAAAAGUUCCCUCACGAGUACGCAGCGCGUCGGAAGGACAAGCUCUACUACCGCUACCCCGGCCCUGGAGGCGAAGGGUAUCUGGAUGUGAUCAACCGGCUUCGCGCCGUGAUCAUUGAGGUGGAGCGGACGACCGACCAUGUGCUGCUGGUCACUCACCGGUCGGUCGCCCGCGUCCUGCUGGCGUACUUCCGUGGCCUGAAGCGCGAUGAGGUUGCUUCUUUGGAUGUGCCUCUGGGGAUGCUUUACAUGUUGGAGCCUAAGCCGUACGGUGUUGAAUUCAAGGCGUACCGUUACAAUCCCGAUACGGACUGGUUUGACUACAUCCCCGACUUUAAGUUGCAGCAGACUUCCCAGUACUAG